AAAAUAAGCGACGCUUGAACCUUGUUACUCCUCUCUUCUCUGAAUCUCAUCCACUCUCCCUCCCUCUCUCUCUCUCUCUCUGGUCUCUCUCCAUCUCCAUCUGCAAGGUAGUAAAGCAUGCCUGGUUGGUGGGGAAGGAAGUCUCACAAGAACACCAAAGAACUGAAAACAGCAGUCCCAGAAGAACAACAGCACCACGAUUACAUCAAAGCUUCUUCCGUUAAGAACGAUAAGAGGAAGAGCAAGGAGAAGCCCAAGAGCUUCGAUGAGGUCUCUCCGAUUCUUAUCGCUCGUAACUUGGCCAGGACUGGUAAGGAUUUUGGUGGGUCUUGCGGUUCAGAUUCGGAUGGCCACUGUGGUGUUGGUGGUGCUGUAGUUUCGGAGAAGAAAGGUCAUCCUUUGCCUCGCCCCUCUGUGUCGUCGGCGCCGUUGCUGGUAAUUGAUCAUGGACUUGGUUCGGGGAGCAGGUCUGGGUCGGUGUCGGUUUCCAGUGUUAGCUCGUCUGGGUCCUUGGAUGACGCUCCCCCUGUUAUUGGUUCCUUCGGCAAUUCGAGAGCACAUGGUGAAAUCAAGUUAAACUUGAGAUCAAGAAGCCCAGGUCCAGGAUCAAGAGGGCCGACCGCUCCUACAUCACCUUUACAUCCUACAUCACCUUUACAUCCGGCAUCACCUUUACAUCCGCGGGUAUUUGGUACAAGUCUGGAGUCUACAGCAGGAAGGCAAGAAGAUGGAAGAACUUUAUGUCAUCCACUUCCACUUCCUCCAGGUUCUCCUACUAAUCGUUGCACUUCACCCACUUUAAGAAGUAAUGGAGCCAACAAUGAAAGCACACAUUGUCUUCGAUCAAAAUGGAAGAAAGGAAAGCUCCUUGGAAGAGGGACAUUUGGGCAUGUUUACGCUGGAUUUAAUAGUGAAAAUGGACAAAUGUGCGCUAUAAAGGAAGUCAAAGUGAUUUCUGAUGAUCAAACCUCAAAAGAAUGUCUCAAGCAACUGAACCAGGAGAUAGCAUUGCUUAGUCAACUGUCGCACCCAAACAUUGUUCAGUACUAUGGAAGUGAACUGGGGGAAGAGACGCUCUCUGUUUAUUUGGAGUAUAUCUCUGGAGGCUCCAUUCAUAAAUUACUUCAGGAAUAUGGUCCCUUUAAGGAACCGGUUAUUCAAAGUUACACCAGGCAGAUUCUUUCUGGGCUUGCUUACUUACAUGGAAGGACUACUAUGCACAGGGAUAUUAAAGGGGCAAACAUACUUGUAGGUCCCAAUGGUGAAGUCAAGCUUGCAGACUUUGGCAUGGCUAAACAUACCACAUCUUUUUCUUCAGUGCUAUCUUUCAAAGGAAGCCCUUACUGGAUGGCACCCGAGGUUAUAAUGAAUUCCAGUGGCUAUGGCCUGGCAGUGGAUAUUUGGAGCCUGGGUUGUACAAUAUUUGAAAUGGCAACAUCUAAACCACCUUGGAGCCAAUAUGGAGGGGUGCCCGCGAUAUUUAAAAUUGGUAACAGCAAAGACAUCCCUGAAAUUCCAGAUCACCUUUCUAGCGAUGCAAAGUGUUUUCUGAGACUCUGCCUGCAAAGGGAUCCAUCUGCACGUCCUACAGCCGCACAGUUAAUGGAUCACCCUUUCAUCCGAGACCAAGCUGCUUCAAAAGUUGCUAACGUCAAUAUAACUAAUGAUGCUCCCCGAUCUUCCUUUGAAGGCAGCCACACACCGCAGACAGCCUCAGAUUUCUGUCCCAUCAGAACAAAUAUCUCCAUACCUCAAAGAGAUUAUGUGACAGCACAACUAGCAACAUCUUCAAGAACCUUCAAGAGCACUAGUGAUAGCAUGAGAGUGAACCUGUCAUUGCCAGUGUCUCCCUGUUCAAGUCCAAUGCGGAACUAUGGACCAGCAUACAAAAGCUGUUUUCUGUCUCCUCCUCAUCCAGCUUAUACAUUUGUGGGACAAAGUGGGUUUGGUCUGAAUAAUUAUUCAAUGCUGCCAACAAGACCAACAACUAAUUACACUGCUGAUCCCUUGGAAGACUUGCUCCAUCCAAGGACCCAAACACCUGGUGGGUCGCCCAGAGCAAGACCCAAUUGAGACAUGCUUGGGAAGAGACAGUGUAUAGGCUUCUUUCCUGAUGACUCUGAAUUCCUCCUGGAUUGAAAUGGCAUAUUGUAUUCUAGGAUUUGAUGCACAUCCCUUUUUUAGCCUCGAAGCUGCGAUGGGCGCAAUGCAAAGGAUUAUAAAUGGAUUUGUCUUCUUCAUUUGCGUCCAAUUGGAUGAAUCUUUAAGAUCAUCAAGAUUGAGAGUCGUGGUUGAACUUGGAGAGGUAAAGUAUUGAGGUGGAUGUACCUUUACUGUCGGGGCAAAAGGGAAUCUGGGCUGCGGAAUUUCUGGAUGUUAUGACCUCUUCAAUGGCUGUAGUCGUUGUAACUCAAAGAUAGUCAAAAAAUUUAUGUAGAAAAAAAUUGUGCAUAAAGAAAUCUACUUUUUUUUAUCCUUCAA